CUACCAUGUAUUUGGUUGACCACCUCGCCACAUCACAAGGCUAAUUCAUCCGUGUUAAUUUCUUAGUUUAACUUAUUUUACAAUGUCCUCAUGUUGCAGAGAAAGUUGAUGGAAUCAGCAUCUACCUAAAUAUACAUUCUCAUGAUAAUGCUUAUAUAAAGCCAUGUUCCUCAAACAACCAAUUCCACCACUUCCUUUAGCUUACUAGUCUCUUGUGUCUUCUCAGGUGUUUAGAGACUUAUAUAUAGAAAGAUGAGCUGGACUGGAGGAGACUGGCUAUGUGGGGCGUGUCAGCACGCAAACUUCAAAAAAAGAGAAGCAUGCCAGAAAUGUGGAUACCCCAAGUUUGGAGGGGUAGAUGUGUCAACGUACUUGUACAACAGGACUGAGGUUUUGGCUGGUGAUUGGUAUUGUGGUGCAUUGAAUUGUGGGAGUCACAAUUACGCAAGCCGCACAAGUUGCUAUCGAUGUGGAAUGAUCAAAGUCGAGUAUACAGAUCAGUACUACGGAGCUCAAAUGGUUGCUUACGGGAAUGAUGCCGGGGCUUGUCCUCCCGGCUGGAAAACUGGCGAUUGGGUUUGUCCAAGGGUCGGUUGUGGGGUUCAUAACUACGCUAGCAGGGUUGAAUGCUUCAAAUGCAAGACAACAAGAGAUUACGUACAGACAAUUUAUCACCUUGAGAGACACGACCAGGAUAUCAUGGUGAGGAGCCAUGACUUUCUCAUGCCCCUUUGAUGUGAAGCUUACACUACAAAAAAAGGUUCACAUUGUUAUAUCACGUUAUACUGAACUGCUAUCUUAGAUGAGUUUGAAAUUUUGGUACUUUAUAAUAUUAUUAGAUAAACGAUGUGAUAGAGCGAAACUUAAAAUACCACUUAAUUAAUGUUAUUUUGAAAAUUAGAUGAGCGGGAAGAUAAAAUUAUUGAUCCCGCCAAUACUUAACAAAAAAUUAAACUUAAGUGCCAAAUAUAUUAAUUAAGCGACUUCAAUAAUUCUAUCAAAAUCAUAUAAUAGCAUUUUUCUAACGCUAAAAACAAAUAUUUUCAAACAUUAUAUUUCGGACACCAAAACUCUAAACUUAAACUACAUACCAAAUCAUAAACUCUUUUUAUAUCUAAACAUAAUUUGUAAUUUCCAAAAUUCUUUAGUUUUAUAACUUUAACUUUAUAACUAAGUUUUAACAUUUAUAUUUAAUACUUCAUUUUAAUAUUUAUAACUCCUAAAUUAAAAAAAAUCAAAUUCCAAACCCUAUAUCUAAAAUACAAACCCUAUUCCUCAAACCCCAAAUAUAUAUGUAAUGUACCCUAAAUUAUAAAUCUACUCAGUAAAACUAAUAUUUCCAACUUAAACACCAAACUUAACACAUAAAUUACAUAUAAAUUACAAAUCUAGCUAAUUUUCAAAUUUUAUGCUCAAAUUUCAUUCUAAAUCCCAAACCCCAUACUCCAAACCUUACAUCAUAACACUAAAUUUAAUUAAUUAUAAACUUCAAAAAAUAAAUUUUAUAUUCUAAAACUAACUCCUACCACUAUUUUCAAACCCUAAACCCUAAACCAUAAACUUAUACACAUUAAACUUUAAGUAACCAUUAAACUUUAAACGAACCAUAUUCCCAAACUCCAAACUCUAAACAUAAGUAACCAUUGAACUUUAAAUUUUCUUUUAUUUUUAAACUAAAUCACCAAACUCUAAAUCAUAAUCACAAUCUUAAAUUAUAAAUUUUGUUUUUAUAUAUUUUUAAACUACAUAUUCUUUUUUAAAACAUCAAAUAUAAUAUUUUAAAAUUUAAAACCUCAUAUUUUAAUAUAAACUUUUACUUUUGUUAAAAAAAUUAAUCUAAAAUAUAUAACUAGUAAUAAUAAAACAUUAAACAUAAAAAAAAAAUUAUUUAUACAACUGAUAUUAUUAACAACAAUAAAUGAAAUAAAUUAUUUUAUUGGUUAAUCAUAAAAACAUGGAAUUAUUUUGGCCAUUGAUUGAUUGGUUUAAUCCAAAGGCCCAAAAGCAUUCUUUUGUGAUCUCAGUACUCUCUUCUCAUUGGUUGAUCUUGCACAAGAAGGAUUAUUAUUUUUGACCACUGAUUUUUAAUCCAAUGGCUCAAAAACAUUCAUUUGUGAUUUCUCUCUUUCCUCAUUGGACAACUCUUAUCUCUUCUCUCUUUUCCAUUGAAAACUCACCACCACAAAGUCUUUCUUCUCCACUUCAAUCUGCAAAUACACAUUACUCCUAUACGCUCAUCCUCUCCUCCUAUCCGGAUGGCUCCUUCUCCUCCCUGACGCCUACUCUGUGAAGCCUCGUCCUCUGGUUCAGUGGAGAUGAUGAAGGCGUGAAAGGAGAUGACAUCAUGAAGAAGGAAGAAGAAGAUGCAGCAGAGGUGGUGCGGAGAUGACAGAGGAAGAAGACGAGGCGGCGGAGAUGGUGGUAGUGACUAAUCAGACACGGAGGCAGAGGUAGAUGCGGUUCAGAGAAAGGUGUUUUGAGGCUGAGGCAUGAAGCACAAGCCACGGAAGCAAGACGUAACAGAUGCGGUGGUGCUUGAGGAAGGCAGUGGCUUAGGUUUAGGUUUUGGUAAUUAGAUUUUGGUUUACUGUGUGUUUAAUUAGUGUUUGGUUUAAUUUGUUCUGGUUUACUUAAUUUUUUUAAUUUUUGGUUUAGUUUUGUAAAACUUAUUUUAUUUGUAAGCUGAUUUUAAUUAAUAAGUAAAAUAAAAUUUUAAUUAUAUUUAA